AUGGCAUCCCCCGGGCGCCCUGGUGCUAUUCCUGUCCCUCGGUGCCCUGUCAUUUUCAAUGGCACGAAUUGGGGUGACUUUGUUUUCCAUUUGGAGGUUCACAUGGAUGGGCAGCUAUUGUGGGGCUACCUCAUGGGUGAGCGGAUCUGUCCUCCCUGUCUUGUUCUCCCCACGCUGCCCACAUACCCGUCAGAUGCUGAUGAUGAUGCCAAGACUGCUUUAUUUGAGGCAUUUGAGGCAUAUGAGACUUGGCUGCGCGAGGAGAAAUCUGCUAAGGCUAUCUUACUUGCGAGCAUGGAGGUUGAUCUCGCACGGUCCCUCAGAGGUCUUGCCACUUCACACCUUAUGUGGGAUCACCUCCGUCGCAGUUACGAGAUCCGUAACGAAGCGAUGUACCUUGCUGUUGAUGAGGAGGCUCAGUCACUUCGUCAGCUUGAUUCUACAGUUGAGGACUUCCACCGUCAGAUGACAGACGUCUGGCAUCGUUUAGACGGUUUGGGUGCUGACGUCUGGCAUCGUCUAGACAGUUUGGGUGCUGAGUUCUGCGGUGGUGCCCCAACUCCACCGGUCUCCCCGCCUCCGUCCCAGUUUCUGGUGGUGGCGGGGGUCCCUUCUAGGGUGCAGUGUGGCUACUGCAAGAUCUACGGCCAUGAGGAGAAGGAUUGUCGCAAGAAGCAGCGCGACCGACAGGGGCGUCGUGGCAGUGGUAGACGCUACUCUCAGGGCCCCUCUCAGGGCUCUGGUGGUUCCUCUACUUCGCAGGGCACUAGUUUUGUGUCUUCCGCGGAGCAGGAGCUCAGGCCUCCACUCAUGGGACUACAGCUCAGGCUUCUAGUUCCGCCCCUCCUCCUCCUCCGUCAGGAUCUCCGUAUGGGCCUUUUGGUGGGAACUGGGCCUAGGCGUCGGGACUCACAACGCCUAUGGGAGCUUGAUUGGUUGCGUCUUCCUUCACCCGCUUUGACUCCUCCAUCACCCGAUUCUCCAGCAUCUGCGUCAGCUGCUUCGUCUACCGCUUCUUUUGCGCAGUGGCAUCGUCGUCUUGGCCACCUCUUUGGUUCUAGAUUGUCCAGUCUUGUUGGUAGUGGUGUGUUAGGCCCUGUUUCUGGUGACACUGCUCUUAAUUGUAUGGGUUGUAAACUUGGAAAAUAG